CAUGAUUGAGCAUAAAGUAUGGUAAUGUUUAUACCACUGUUUCAUGUUGCCUUGGUUUAUAUGACAUUUUCCACAGCUGUAGAUUGUUGUAGGUGUGUCAGAAAUUUGUUGUGAAAUUCACAGUAUGUCAAUGAGUGGAGUAAUGCCUUCUUCUCAAGAUUCCAACAGACCAGAACUCUAUGAGGAAGUCAAACUGUUCAGGAAUGCACGGGAAAGAGAAAAGUAUGACAAUAUGGCUGAUUUAUAUGCAGUCAUCAAUACAUUACAAAGUUUGGAAAAGGCUUAUAUCAGAGACUGUGUGACACCCAAAGAAUAUACUGCAGCAUGUUCAAAACUUCUUGUACAGUAUAAGGCAGCUUUCAGUCAAGUUCAGGGAGAUGAGUUUCCAAAUGUAGAAGCUUUUGUGAAGAAGUACAGAUUGGAUUGUCCAGCUGCUCUAGAGCGAAUAAAAGAAGAUAGACCAAUUACAAUUAAAGAUGACAAAGGGAAUACUAGCAAGUGCAUAGCUGAUAUAGUUUCUCUCUUUAUCACAAUCAUGGACAAGUUGCGGCUUGAAAUAAAGGCAAUGGAUCAGUUGCAUCCAGAGCUACGUGACCUCAUGGAUACAAUGAACAGACUCAGUCUUCUGCCAUCGGAAUUCGAAGGCAAACAGAAAGUGUCAGAUUGGCUUACCACUCUUUCAGGAAUGCAAGCAUCUGAUGAACUUUCAGAUACGCAAGUUCGUCAGCUAAUAUUUGACCUUGAAUCAUCAUAUAAUGCUUUCAAUAAUUUACUACACCAUACUUCAUAACGUGAAACUAUAAUAACUGUGCAGGAAAUGUGUCACAGUGAGAAUCUGCAUAAUAAAUGUAUUUUUUUUUCUUUUUUUGUAAAUAAGAUUUAGUAUACUGUAUUGUGAUAUGUUAUUUGUUUCACUUCCUUAAUAAUGUACUCAUAUGUUUAAUUGUAUGUAAACUUAAUUAUGCCAAGCCGAUCAAUAAUAAGUAUGCUGUGCCAUUAAUCAGUUUGCAAAUGUCCUGCAUUACACAUUCAUUUUAAUUAUUAAUUUUAAGAUUAAUAAGAUCUUCUCGGGCCAGGAGCCGCGUCACUCGGUUGAUCAGUGCCGACGUGCCGAGGGCCAUCUACGUCCCGAGAUUUUAUUAACGACGUCUGCCGUGGAAACGUGACAUCAGAUUUUGAGAUUUUUUGGAAGAAUCAUGUUCCAAUUAUCACCACAUAUUUUGGUGACCAGCGUAUGUGUAUAUUAUUAUUAUUUAGUGU